AGGGGCGGGGGCAAAAGCGUUUGCUUUUGAAGCUUUGGAGCUCGGGAUGGGUCAGUUUUUUGUUAAACUCCUGAAUAUUUUUGGAAGUCGGGAGCAUAAGGUGAUAAUUAUUGGAUUGGACAAUGCUGGAAAAACCACCAUCCUUUACCAGUUCCUAAUGAAUGAAGUUGUGCAUACAUCACCUACAAUUGGAAGCAAUGUGGAAGAAAUCAUCCAGCACAAGACACAUUUCCUGAUGUGGGACAUCGGUGGUCAGGAAAAUCUGCGUUCUACUUGGAACACCUACUAUUCCAACACAGAGUUUGUCAUCCUUGUGAUCGAUAGCACAGAUCGUGAGAGGCUGACAGUGACAAAAGAGGAGCUGUAUAAGAUGUUAGCUCACGAGCCUUCCUGCCGGUUUAGAAUGGAUGAUAUCUCAAGUUGCUGCCAAGUAAUCCCAGCCAAAACUACUUUGGGACCGGGGGAAAAACAAACCAAACUUAUAUUUAUUUCCACUUUGCAAAACUCUCAGGAUCUGUUGGACCUUGGAUGGCUUCUUUUUCUUCGCCAAAGGCAUCAGUAUUUUAUUAAAAUACUUUCUUAGCACAUGUCAUAUUAUAGGAGGAGUUGCAUUCAGUCUGCAGAGAGAUUCUUCCUGGACUUCAGAUCUAAUUGUAUCACAUUGGAAAGUCUGUUUACAUCACACCGCUAUGUAGCUUUGAUUUUAUACCUUUCCAGUCAGAACUGGACACUGCCAUGAGAAGCGUUAAGUCCUAUGAAACAAAAAAGAUUAUGGAACACGGUUGAGCGAAAAAGACAGCAUUGCUUUUCCUUUCCCUGGUGCUAAAAUGUUUUGCAUUAUCAUUGUGAAAACAACAACAAAGAGGGUGGAAUAUUAUUUUGGGAAAUGUUAUUUCAUGGAUUUUACUCUGCCUUGCAAAAUGCCUGGACUGCUUCCCAAAUGAAGAAAUAGCCAAGGAAAUUUUGAAACAGAUGUCCUCAUUUCUCCAUCUCCUCCUAGGAUUGCUGCAUUUUAUCUGUCCUAUAGGUAGCCCUUGACUUAUGAUCAGUCAUUUAGCAAUAGUUCAGAGUUACGAUAGAUUGCAAAAAAGAUACUUCUGAUUUUUGCAGUUGCUGCUUCCCUCAAAGUCACAUGAUUUUAUUUUGGGUGCUUGCAGUAUUUUAUUACUCAUAUGACUGGUCAUAUGUAUUACUUUACGACUACAGUCACUUAUGACUGGAAUUCCAGACUCCAUUAUGGUCAUAUGUCGAGGACUACCUAUAUAUCCAAAAAUAUUUUGAAUGCUGUGUUGUUUCAGAAUUUUCCAAGUCCCUCUUUUUUGUCUUUUUCUGACUGUGUGUAUGAGUGUGUUUCUCUGUGUGUGCUCACACGUGCAUGCGUGUGCUCAUGUGCAUGCAUGUAUGUGCAUGUGGAUGUCUGUGAGAGAGACACAUAUCAGGAAAGAGUUCUUUCAGCUGCUUUUUCGGAGGAUUCCUUUCAAACAGGUCAAGGCAGGUUUGGAACAAGGAAAUCUGUUAGUUCAAGCAAAACAAGUGAUAGGAAAGUGAAUGUGAAAGUCUGUAAAUAAGAAAGUUCUUCCUCUCAACCUGUCUUUUCUUCUUUUAAGAGGAACGGUGUUAGCUUCUGACAUUACAACAGCUUAAUCUCAAAUAUAACCUAAAUACAAGUGUACGUGUUACUUCUGGUCUUGGAGAUGCUUGCUAUCCAUCUGUAGGACAGACUGACCUGGGUGCAAGGGAUAUCUGAUGCUACCAGUCUUGCCAAAAGAAUUCCUCCUUGUAGAGUUUAUUAUGUAUAAAUGCAGUUAAUGCCAUAUUUAAUCUGAUAUUUUGUGCAGAAGAAUUAGUAUAGUUGCCUCUAUAGCUUCAGACUACAGAGGAGACCUUCCAAAAAUGAUUUUAUCCAAGAUUUGUUUAAAAAAAAAAACAACCUACAAACGAAGAGAAAAGUAACUGCUAAGGUUGUAAUAUAGUUCUUUUCUAUUUCCAUGCUUCUAAUAUAAAACAGUGUUUCUCAAGCUUGGCAAACUUUAAGAUAUAUAGACUCCCAGAAUUCCCCAACACUGAUGUAAAUGAAUAUUCAGAAAUGUGAUUCCAUGAUAUAAAUUCUGUUGAGCGUUUUUUUUCUUUCUUUCUCUCACUCUGCAGUCAACUCAUCCAAUUACAUGUAUAGACUAAAGCACAUGGAGAAUGGUGGUAAAAAUGUAAUAUACCCUUCUUGACCAUAAUGCAAAAUUAUCUGUUUUGGAAUGGUCAUUCCCAGGCUUGGAAUUGUGGAAAAUCGGUAUUAAAC